AGAAUACAUUGCUUCUCUCUUGACACUACUACUCUAUAUAACACAGUAUUGGGAGCCUUUCUUGCCUGGUUAUGCUGCUUUAUACCAUACAAACAAACAAGUUGUUGAAAAGAAAGAUAGAUCAAAGGUCAAGCAAUGGCGGAUGUUACGGAAACCAAAAGGGAACACAACUGCCAUGAAGAUCCCCAUAUUUUCGCUUCAGUUGAUGAUAAUACUGUAAGAGAAGACAAGAGCAGGAGAGGAGAUGAAGUUAUUAGUGUAUUGGUGCUGGAAUCCAUCGAGAAAGAUCGUAAAAAGGUUUGUCCCUUGUCAUUCAAUUGCAGCAUUUACCGAGUUCCCAAUCCACAGUUUAAAAGAAAACCAGAAGCCUACAUUCCUCGUAUGGUCUCCAUUGGCCCUUUUCACUGCGACAAGGAACACUUAAAACCUAUGGAAGCACAAAAGUUGAGAUAUUUGAAUGAUUUUCUAACCCGAAGCCAAUUUCAGGCAACCUUGGAGAAUUAUGUUAAUGUUAUUACAGAAUUGGAAGACAAAGCUAGGCAAUGUUACUCGGAAAUUAUCCAAGAAUCUAAAGAAGAGUUUGUGAAAAUGAUGGUAAUUGAUGGUUGCUUCAUACUUGAGCUCAUCCUUAAGAUUACUAACGAUGAUCCAGAUAUGAUAAUGAAUACCCCAUGGAUGUUUUAUUUUAUAAAGUACGACAUGAUUCUACUAGAAAAUCAACUUCCUUUCUUUGUUCUUGAGCGUCUCUAUGAACUAUUCACAGGGAAUUCUAAUUCUAAUGGACUUGAUACACUCAUCUUCAGUUUCUUCCAAAUUCUAGUGCCACAAUCCCACAGCAUUACCCCUGAAAGUUAUCAAUUUCGAUGCUCAGAGGUAGUUGAACCGUUUUCUAAGGCGGCAGUGGCCUCCACAAUCAGACCUCACCAUUUGCUUCAUUUUGUACGAGAUUUGUUCCUCCAAACAUCCUCAGGGCGGUGGAGGCCAGAGGAUCCUGGACCAAUCAUGUCCAUCCAUUGUGCAAUAGAGCUUGAGGAGGCCUGUGUCAAGUUUGAGAAGGAGGUGAAGAAGAAGACAUGUUUGUUGGACAUAACAUUUCAAAAUGGAGUGUUAGAAAUUCCAACCAUUACAAUUCAGGAUGGGACUGAGUCUCUACUUCGAAACCUCAUUGCUUUUGAACAGUCUAGUUCUGUGUACAAGAACUACAUCACGGAUUAUGCUUUGUUCAUGGAUGACCUUAUCAACUCUGCCACAGAUGUUGAGUUGCUUCAGAAAAAGGGAAUUAUUAAGAACUGGCUUGGUGAACCAAAAGAUGUGGCUGCCUUAUUUAAUGGUCUUCUGAAAGAUGUUACUACAGGGAGAGAUUACUUCUACAAUGUUCGCCAUGAAUUGGAGAAAUAUUAUGAGACUCCAUGGCACAAAUGGAAGGCAAGUUUGAUGCAAAAGUAUUUCAAUUCUCCAUGGGCAUCCAUUUCUCUCAUUGCUGCAUCAAUUCUCCUCUUCUUGACUGUCAUACAGACCGUUUGUUCCAUCCUACAAGUCACAUGAAGUUUGUGAUCCCAUGAAUCCAUUGAUAUGUUUAAUAUUUAGUAUGAGUAAUCAUAUUGUAUGUCAUAU